AUAUUGGAUGAAAACAUUCCAAAUACUCUACAGUAUUGAUGGAACCGAUUGGUUGUACUACAAUGACAAGGAAACGUUAACGGGAAAUACCAAUGGAAACGAUGUUGCAAUAAUUAAUAUAGACCAGAACAUAGAAGCGCGUUAUCUUCUCAUCCUUCCAAUCACAUGGAACAAUCAGCCAGGUAUACGGAUGGAACUCUUUGGCUGUCCAAAGGAAGUACCAGCAAAUGAAUACACUAUGAUCGAGAAUGAUAUUGUUGACGAUGAGAGUCUAUUCUUACAUCUAAGUCCCUAUGUUGUGUCAAAACAAAUUGUGAUCCGACCAAGCGGGGCCCUUACCAUUAAAGCAGGCGUUAGGGUUCUGUUUACGACGGCCGAUGCUGGUAUUAUAGUUCAUGGUAAUCUGAAUAUACAGGGGAUAGAAAACCUUCCUGUUGUGUUCACAGCCGAUGAACCAGUCAGAGACAUGUCAUCACUUUGGUCCGGACUGAGUUUUGUAUCUGGACAAUCAUCAUUGCAACACGCUUAUGUAGAAGGGGCCAGUGUGGGUAUCCAAGCAACAGGCUACUCUGUAACUUUAGAUCACGUGACCAUCACAAAAUGCUCAGCUGGGAUCAAAUUCACCAAUGGCGCAUCAUCUCCUAACCACACAAUAAUUUCUGAUUCACACAUUUUGAAUAACGGCGGGCAUGGUAUUGAAUUCAAGGGAAGCACUGUUAACCCAUUUUUAACAAUUUUCCGGACUGUUGUAAAGGGAAACAGAGGAUCUGGGUUAUUUUGUAAAGACACACACGCAAAUAUUUCUGUGCAGAAUUCAGAGUUGUCAUAUAACGCCAAAUCUGGUGUUGAUAUACACCAAGUAGAGGGAAGUAUCAAUGUACUUGGAGCAAAGGUCCUGCGAAAUAGAAAUGAUGGCGUUCGGAUUAACGGAAUAAGAGGUGAAAGUACUAUCAACUCCACAGAGCUUGCAUAUAAUCAUUAUCGUGUAGUGUACUAUUCCGAUGUAGGUAACUACAGAGGGGGGCUUAUCAGGCUCACAAACAAUUCUUUCAUAAAAGGAAUGAACACCGCCUAUGGGUACAAUAUUUAUUUUGACAAUUGGUACUUCAACGGAAAUGCAAUAUUUAUCGAAAACAACUGGUUUAAUGAUAUAGUAACGUCCUCAACAUCUUUACUUAUGAUAAAUAGAUUCAGCUCAAAAUUAUAUAUAUCAAUUAGAAAUAACGUGUUUUACAACUGCUAUCAAUCAAUGUAUAUAAGGACUUACGAUGGUACGGAAGUCCUUGUCAAAAAUAAUGAGAUGAAAAACAGCAGAGCUAAUGACCAGCACUACGAUGUGAAAGUAAUAAGUGAGGGCACUAACGGAAUAUUCAAUAUCAUCAGGAACAGAUUCAGUAACUUAUCUGCAUCAUCUUGGUUAUGGAUUGACACCGACGCAUUCACAAUGGAAAAUAAUUCUUUUGAAUUGUUUAAAAGUGCCGAUCAAUGUGCAUUCUACGUUGAUGUUUCAAAGCCGGAUAUCUUCUUAAAUGCAUCGUAUUCAUAUUGGGGUUCGUCUGACCCAGGCGAUGUGAAACAAAGAGUAUGUGGGAAUAGCCGGAUUAUGGAGCUAGCUCACAUUAACGUGUCACCCUUUUACACCGACAGCAGUCUAACCAUCUUGAACGUUGAUGAGGAAGUAGAUUUCUUCUUUACGGAUACAAAAGAUGCUAUAGGUGGCGUUAUUGUGGAGAAUGAAACAAUCCCACACAUUUACAACCAUACGUACCACGUGAGACGCAACAUAUUUAUACUUCCAAAUGCAACACUCACUGUAGAAUCUGGAGUCCAACUCGAGUUCGAUCAAGGGAUUGGAAUCCACAUACUUGGCCAAUUGUUCAUCAGAGAGGGAAAAAAUGGGGACAUUAUUAUGUCAGGAAAGAAAUGGGGAGGAGUUUACGUUGCAUCUCUUUCAUCUGAAGGCUUGGCUCUCAAUGGUGUCCAAAUAGACGGCUCGACUUAUGGUAUCCAUGGGUCUGGCAGGGACAUUGCUUUGAAUAAUGUAACGAUCUCAAACACAGAACACGCAAUGUAUAUUUAUGACACCCCAAGCAAAUAUAUUAACAUUGCUAUAACUGAUAGUUUCGUCAAUACAACUUCUGGAUCUGGUAUCCAUAUUGAGACGCCAUCAAGUGUGAUAGAAAGAUUCGACUUAAAAAUUGAAAGAGUGAUAAUGCAAAGGUCAGGCGGCGUUGGAUACAUUUAUGUAAAAGGUAGAAGUGGGAAAGUAGAGUCGACGUUUGCUGAGCGUUCAUUUAUAUCCAUUGUGAAUAACACAUUUUAUUCCACGGAUACAGAAGAUACAUCUGCAAUAGAGCUAACAGAUUUGAGCCAUUUUUCUUCAAUCGUUAUCAAAGAUAACACAAUAAAUGGUACGAGUCGUACAGCGUGUGUCCUUGGACUCAAUUCGGGCAUUGGAACCGUUGAUAUCAUUGGUAACGUUAUCUCCGAAAGUAACGGAGCUUUAUCCCUGACAUCUACUCUCACAAGUGGC